GUUCGUCUGGAGGCAUUCGUCCGUCGGCUAAGCAUUUCUCUUAGUUUUGAGAACUUUUUGUUUUGUAGGAAGUGCGCGUUCGCAAACUGACGUUGGCCCUCUGAAAGGUCUUUCACAGCAUCGCUUAUCAAUAUUGGAAGACUAUUUGUUUUUGUUGCUGCUUGCUUGCGUUACUAAUGAGCUUUAUUGUUUUCUAUUUUUGUUUUCGUUUUGUUUUCCCCAUACUAGUGCUCGAAAUCAUAGCAUUAACAUUGAAUAGUUCGUGGAGGUUUCAAUGGAGAGUUUCAACAACAAAAAAAAUUCCACUAAGCGAUGAUUAUUUGAAGUGCAUUUUUUUAUCAAUCUCACACAAAUUUUUGUGAACUGACAAUUCCAAAAUUUCUUUAUCAAUGGCUGGACAGAAUUCAAGCCAGUUCACGUAAUCAACCCAAACCGAAAAGACAACAAUACUGCUGUUAAAAAUCGUUGAAUACUUGUAAUUGAAGAAAACAUUAGCGUCAUGAAAGCAAUACUCGUCCUUACGCUGUGCCUGCUGUUGCACGGCAGUAUGUGCAGCGAAAGAUGCCAGCUCCAACACAAAGGCGGCAAUGAGCGCUUCCCUAAGGACUUCUCUUUUGGCGUUUCGACUGCCGCUUACCAAAUAGAAGGCGCUUGGAAUGAAGACGGCAAAGGACUCUCCAUUUGGGAUACAUACACGCAUGCGCAUCCGGAGCGUAUACAGGAUCGUACAAAUGGUGACGUAGCGGCGGAAUCUUAUUAUCGUUUUGAGCAAGAUUUAGCGGCGCUGAAGAAACUCAAGGUCAACUUCUAUCGCUUUUCGUUCUCAUGGCCCCGCCUUCUACCCAAUGCAGAUACGACGGUGAUAAAUCAAAAGGGCAUUGACUAUUACAACAUGAUGAUAGACAAGCUAUUGGCGAAUAACAUUGAGCCCAUGGUUACGAUGUUUCACUGUGACCUGCCAGAGGCGCUCAACAAAUUCGGCGGCUUCACCAAUGAUAUUAUUAUUAAGUAUUUCCGUUAUUAUGCUAAGUUCCUGUACGAAACAUUUGGUGAUCGCGUCAAGAAGUGGAUUACCUUCAAUGAACCCUUCGAUUAUUGCAAUUUGGGCUAUGGCAAAUCGUACUUUCCGCCGCUGGUGCAUUCACCCGGUGUUGCCGACUACCUUUGCAUGGAUAAUACAUUGCGCGCUCAUGCCGCGGCUUACCGCGCCUACAGAGCGAACUAUUUCCAGAAGCAAGGCGGUAAAAUAGGCAUUACAAUUAGCAGUCGCUUCUAUUACGCGCAGCAUAGGAGUUACGAUGAAGACGUAGUCGAGCGUGCCAUGCAGUAUUCGCUCGGUUGGUUGGCCAAUCCCAUUUUCGGCAAAACUGGCAAUUAUCCUCAGCUCGUAUUGGAUGAUAUUAGAAACAAUAGCUUAAGCGAAGGUCUAUCCUGGUCACGCUUGUCGCCGUUUAAUGAACUCUGGUCCAAGGUUAUACGAGGUGCUGGCGAUUUUUUGGGUCUCAAUUAUUACACUUCUCGUUAUGCUGCGUUAGCUAAAACACCCGCCGGCGAGAUACCCUCUUGGGAAUAUGACUCGCAACUCCAAUAUUUCGUUGACGAGAAAUGGCAACAGGGCAACUCUAAUGGGCUUUACUGUGUGCCACAAGGACUAGAAGAUAUUCUGAAGUGGAUCCGCGACCGCUACGAUAAUGUCGAGGUCUUUAUAACGGAGAAUGGUUGGUCGGACUAUGGCCAAUUAGAGGAUACGGAUCGCGUCGAUUACCUACAGGCUCACUUGCAAGCGGUGUUAAAUGCCAUCAAUGAUGGCUGCAAGGUCACUCAUUACUCACACUGGAGCUUAAUCGAUAAUUUCGAGUGGAAUAUGGGAUAUACUCAAAAGUACGGUCUCUACUAUUUGAAUAUGACGAGUCCAACUAAAGAUCGCAUAGCCAAGAAGUCUGCCUAUUAUUACAGAAGUGUUAUCGAUGGUAGAAAAAUCCUACAAUACCUUAAUUAAACAAGAAACUCGUAUUUUUUAUUUUUACAAUAACAAAUUUUAUGCACAAAAAUAAAUGCCUCUUGGGCAAAUGUUAAAAAUAAGGAUGUUUUUUCAAAGAUAUGUCAAAUCUUUUAAGUGGUUCAAUAAAUCGCUUUUAAUCGGAGAACAUAUGAACAAUUAAAA